AUGGAGGAUGAAUUAAAUGUAACCUAUAUAACAGUUGAUGGAUAUGUGGAAGUGGGCAAAUACAGAUAUCUGUAUUUUGUGGUUGUUUUUACAGCAUAUAUUCUAAUCAUCUGCAGUAACUCUACUAUUGUGUGUCUCAUCUGGAUUCACAAAAACCUCCAUGAGCCUAUGUACAUUUUCAUUGCAGCCUUGUUACUGAACUCUGUUCUCUUCAGCACUGUUGUCUACCCAAAGCUGUUGAUUGACUUUUUGUCUGAGAAACAGGUCAUAUCAUAUUCAGCCUGUUUGUUUCAGUUUCAUAUCUUUUACUCUUUAGGUGGUUCAGAGUUUUUACUGUUGGCAGCCAUGGCUUAUGACAGGUAUGUGUCAAUAUGUAAACCUCUGCAGUAUCCAACUAUCAUGAGAAAAACCACAGUGAGUGUUUUCUUAGUUUUAGCUUGGAUUCUGCCUGCAUGUCAGGUUGCAGUACCAGCUGAAUUUAAUGCUUAUAAAAAACUCUGCAGCUUUACUUUGAAUGGAGUGUAUUGUAACAAUAGAAUUUACGAACUUCAAUGCACUGUCUCAACAGGGCAAAUUAUACAUGAUGUGGUUGUUUUGUUAAAUGUUGCACUUCUCCCUGUGCUCUUCAUACUUUUUACAUACACCAGGAUACUUAUAAUAUGCUAUCGAAGUAGUGGAGAUGUGAGGAAACAAGCUGUACAGACUUGUUUACCUCACCUGAUUGUUUUGAUCAACUAUUCCUGUUUGUGUGCAUAUGAUGUUAUUAUUAUUUAUUUGGAAUCACAUUUUCCUAAAGUUGUACAUUUAAUAAUGUCUAUACAAAUAGUAAUGUAUCAUCCUCUCUUUAAUCCAAUAAUGUUUGGACUGAAAAUGAGAGAAAUUUAUAAACACCUCAAGAAGUUGUUCUUCUAG